AUGGAGGCAAUGAAGAAUUUUGUGCAAGGUAUUAUAUCAGUAUUUGGUGAACGAUACUUGAGGCGUCCGACUGUGGAGGAUACUGAGCGUCUUCUCAAAAUUGGUGAGAAACGAGGAUUUCCUGGUAUGUUUGGCAGCAUUGACUGGGAAGGGGAACGGCCAUCAUCGAAGCCAUCUCCUCUGCCCCCAGUCACCUCCUCCCCUGCUCCGUCUCUGCCUUACUCCCUCCGUCGCCGUACUCCCCGCGCCGAGGUCGCCGUGCUCUGCCCUCCGGCUGUUCUAUGGCGUCAGUGUGGGUGCAUUCGCCGGUGCCGCGCUGAAACCCUAGCCGUGCAGCUGCGCCGGCACCCUCGCCGUCGGGUGGCCGCCAGCUCGGCCUCGGGGGUUACAGCACCGCGCUUCUCGCUGCUACCUUGCCUUAUUUUCGCAUCGAACGUUCCCUUCGCCGCAUUGUUUGUCCUGCUUCUGACAUCGGUCUCGCCGUCUUCCACCGCGUCUACUGUUUACAAUUGGCACAUUGGAUUCUCUGCUACUGCCGACGAAACUUGGGUCUCCUGCUACUGCCUACGUAUUGUUACUGUGCUGCGAAGUGCUGUUAUUGAGUUUGGGUUCUACCAGUUCGGUUUGGUUGCUACUGGUUUUCUGCUGUUUCCACGGUGCCAUCCACAUCGGUCUCAGAUUUGCAGCUGCCGCCAUGGAGUCAAGACUGUUUUGAUUAAUGGGCUGCUUGGAAAUACUGAUGUAAAUGUUGGUGAUCCUCAGUAUUGGAUUAAGUACUUUGUGUUCAGCCUGCUGAAUGGUGUUACUUUUAGCAGGUGCCUAUCUAAUUCUGGUCGUCUUUCUGUUGUUCAGCCCUGUUAUUUUGUCGACUGGAAAGCUAAAAGACCGAUGGAUCCAGUCUUCAACCAAAACCUAGAGCUCAAACGUCUGCUUCAACAAAGAAAACAAAAUAGCAAUCACCAUCACCAUCGUCACGAAGUCAAGUGUCGCCGAUAUCAACAAGCUGCAUACAGCACCUAGGACUGCUGCACAAAUCCUUCAGCUGGUCAUCCUAUACCCCUGGAAUCUCCUUGCCGAUCCGUAUCGUAGCCAGGUCUGUAGAAGACAGUAGCAGGAGGUUGGGCAAUCAAGAUCGACAUUUGGUUUAGGUAAUGUAAAUAUUAAUUUUGUUUUUGUCCUCUACCUUGCCUCUUGAUUAGGUCUUGUAAUUAGGUUAAUCCUGCCGCAAUAUUUUAUUAUUUUGCUAGAUCUGUCAUGGCGUUUGUUUGAGGGCCUCAUAGUGUAACACCCAAAAAUUUGAUUUCAAUUAAUUGGA